CUUAAGAACGCAUUUGGUUAUUCUCGAUUUUUUUGGUUGAUUUCCUGCGACUGCGUCAGAAAGUUAUUGUUAUUUUUUUUGUCCUUUUUAAGUGUAUACUAUUUUCUAUGGCUUCGGAGCAGUCAGCACUUCUACUUAGGAAACAACUUACUGACCUAAACAAGAAUCCUGUGGAAGGCUUUUCAGCAGGACCAGUAGAUGACAAUGACAUCUACAAGUGGGAAGUGGUCAUCAUAGGACCUCAGGACACUCUCUAUGAAGGUGGGAUGUUCAAGGCAUUGUUGACUUUCUCAAAGGAAUACCCACAGAAACCUCCUAAGAUGCUGUUCACUACAGAGAUGUGGCAUCCUAACAUUGAGAAGGAUGGGUCAGUGUGCAUAUCGAUCCUGCAUGAGCCAGGUGAUGACAAGUGGGGAUACGAGAGUGCUUCAGAGCGCUGGCUGCCAAUUCACACUGUAGAAACAAUCAUCGUCAGUGUGAUAUCCAUGCUGGCUGAGCCAAAUGACGAGUCCCCAGCCAACGUAGAUGCAGCAAAAAUGUGGCGAGAACAUUUUGAUGACUUUAAGAAAAGAGUAUCGAGAACAGUGAGAAAAAGUCAGGAAGAAUUUGAAUGAUACUCAUUACGUUAGCUUUUAAUAUUUCAUCCUCCAGCGGACAGGACUGAAACCAUGAUCAUCAGGGAUAAACAUGCAAUACUUCAUGCUUUGGUCCGGAGUCAUCCUGCCCUAGUUAAUGAAUAUUUCCGCAUCACUGCACUGUUCCAGACUUAGUCAUAGGAUGUUCUAUUUCUCUACUUUAUUGUGUAUAGUGACACACCUUGUGUUACCAGACUUUCCCAUCUUAGCUCCAUUAGUUUUUAACUUGAUGAAUUUCAAAGUGUAGAACUGAAUAUUUGAUUAUUAACUGGAAUGUUGAAUUUGUGUUCUCACAUUGCUUUGGUAGUAUUUAAAACUAAAUUAUUAAGGACACAGUUUUGAUAUUGAACUAUUUAACUCCAGAGUGAAUGUGUCUGUGACACUGAAACUCACUACAUGUAUAAUAACACUAUAUUGUUGUUGUAAUUCUUACUGAUGAAAGAAAAUGGUAAAUUGAGAAGCUAAUAUUAAAAUCUGUGAUAAGUUCAACUUUUUGUUCCCAAAGUAAUGGCUUGUGCUGUUAUUGAUGCAUGUGUAUUGUUAAUUUUCCUUUAAUCUUAAAGCUGCACUCUCACGGAUAUUCAAAUUUUACAACUUUUUUAUUUUUUUGUCUAGGAAAGAGCAAUUUUUUGUCUAAAUUUCUGCAAACCAAUGAUAAAAGAUCGCUGACAAAAGAUCUGAUCUCAGAUUUUCAUAUUUCCGUUCGAAAAUUAAUGUUUUAUGGCUUAAACAGUUACUUACAGUUUAAGAAAAAUGCAUAAAACAUCAGUUUUUGAACUUAAAUAUAAAAAUCUGCGAUCUUAUUUUUUGUCAGCAGUCUUAUUUAACUGGUUUCCAUGGCUUUUCGCAAAAAUUGGCUCGUUCCAAGACAAAAAAUUAAAAAAAGUUGUCAAAACGUUUAAUCUGUAAGAUUGCAGCUUUAAAGGCAUUUAGCCAGGUUCUGUAAGCUUUUUAAAGACCUAUAGUGCAGCAUGUUCGUAUUUAAGUGGGACUUAACUGCUUUGUGAUUUUAGAUAUGGCCAAUUUGGUAUUGUCAAAAAAAAAAUUCUGUAGGAAGUGA